AUGAGUCAGCCACCGACUGGGGGCGCUGCCCCUGUCGCAGCCACAGCUUCUGCUUCCACGGCUGCCACUGAGGCUCGCCUGCACCCGGAGGGCAGCAGCAGAAAGCAGCAUCGUGCUCAAUCACCCGGUAGACUGAGGGAUAAUUUGACCCGACAGACAACUGCAGCCACCCGGUCUCCGGUGGGGGUGGGCACUAAACUCAAUUCCGUUCGGCAGCAGCAGCUGCAGCUGCAGCAACAGCAGCAGCAACAACAACAGCACCAACAGCAGCACCAACAGCAGCAGCAAGGCAUCAAGACCGGGAACCGAGCGGCGCCUCUGCCCAGCUCCCGAGGCGGAGGCGGGGCGGAGAAGGCGGUGCCCCCGGCUUCCAAAGGGGCCGUGCCGGGAGCUGUCCACCCCUCGGCUGGUGCUGAAGCGGCCCCCGCAGCUAGUCUGGCCCCCGUGGGCGGCAAAAAGCCUGGCCCCCCAGAGGAGUCUCCCCGGGAGCCAGAGCCAGUGCCCUCGAAACUCGGGGAACCCCUUACGCUCGGGGAAGAAGGAGGAGGGGUUAGGGAAGGAGGAGGAGCCGGCAGAGGCUCCGGAGAGAGGGAGGGGGCCGCUCCGCAGCAGCCGCCGCCGCCCAAGGGCUGGCGAGGGAAAGGCACGCGCGCUCAGCAGAGGGGCGGCAGCGCUGGGGAGGGGGCCUCCCCUUCGCCAUCCCCCUCUUCUGCGGGCAAAACCCCGGGCCCGGGCAGCAGAAACUCCGGAAGCGCCGUUCUAGGGGGCAGCAGCGGUGGCGGAGGGAAUUACUGGAAGGAAGGGUGCCUGCAGUCUGAGCUCAUCCAGUUCCACCUCAAGAAAGAGCGGGCCGCAGCGGCCGCGGCCGCGGCCCAGAUGCACACUAAGAACGGUGGCGGAAGCAGCACUCGCAGCUCCCCGAUCGCUGGCGCCCCAGCCAUUUGCGAACCCCUUGCUGUGCCCUCCGCCUUCCCAAUGGCGGCGGCCGCCGAGGGCCCCCAGCAGAGCGCAGAGAGCAAUGCCAGCGGCGGGAGCAUGCAGGCGACCGCGCCGCCUUCGUCGCAGCCCAGCUCGCAGCAGCUCCAAGAGCAGGAAGAAAUGCAGGAGGAGAUGGAGAAGCUUCGAGAAGAAAACGAGACACUCAAGAACGAGAUCGAUGAGCUGAGAACCGAGAUGGACGAGAUGAGAGACACUUUCUUCGAAGAGGAUGCCUGUCAACUACAGGAAAUGCGCCACGAGUUGGAAAGAGCCAACAAAAACUGCCGAAUUCUGCAGUACCGCCUCCGCAAAGCCGAGCGCAAAAGACUCCGCUACGCGCAGACUGGGGAAAUCGACGGGGAGCUGUUGCGCAGCCUGGAGCAGGACCUUAAGGUUGCAAAGGAUGUAUCUGUAAGACUUCACCAUGAAUUGGAGAAUGUGGAAGAAAAGAGAACAACAACUGAAGACGAAAAUGAGAAACUGAGGCAACAACUUAUAGAAGUUGAGAUUGCAAAGCAAGCUUUACAGAAUGAAUUGGAAAAAAUGAAGGAGCUAUCCUUAAAAAGGAGAGGAAGCAAAGACUUGCCAAAAUCUGAGAAAAAGGCUCAACAGACCCCCACAGAGGAGGACAAUGAAGAUCUGAAAUGCCAGCUGCAGUUCGUGAAAGAAGAAGCUGCUUUGAUGAGAAAGAAAAUGGCUAAGAUUGACAAAGAAAAGGACAGAUUCGAACACGAGCUACAGAAGUACAGAUCCUUUUAUGGGGAUCUAGACAGCCCUUUGCCCAAAGGGGAAGCCGGGGGGCCUCCCAGCACCAGAGAGGCGGAGCUCAAGCUAAGGCUGAGGCUGGUGGAGGAAGAAGCCAACAUCCUGGGCAGGAAAAUCGUCGAACUAGAGGUGGAGAACCGAGGUCUGAAGGCAGAACUGGACGAUCUGAGGGGCGAUGACUUCAACGGGUCCGCCAACCCCCUCAUGAGGGAGCAGAGCGAAUCCCUGUCGGAACUGCGGCAGCACCUGCAGCUGGUGGAGGACGAGACCGAGCUGCUGCGGAGGAACGUGGCGGACCUGGAGGAGCAGAACAAGCGCAUCACUGCGGAGCUGAACAAGUACAAGUACAAGUCGGGCAGCCACGAGAGCGCGCGGCACCAUGACAGCGCCAAGACCGAGGCCCUGCAGGAGGAGCUGAAAGCCGCGCGCCUGCAGAUCAACGAGCUCAGCGGCAAGGUCAUGCAGCUGCAGUACGAGAACCGCGUGCUCAUGUCCAACAUGCAGCGCUACGACCUGGCCUCGCACCUGGGCAUCCGUGGCAGCCCGCGUGACAGCGACGCCGAGAGCGAUGCCGGCAAGAAGGAAAGUGAUGACGACUCGCGGCCACCGCACCGCAAGCGCGAAGGGCCGAUCGGCGGGGAGAGCGACUCCGAGGAGGUGCGCAACAUCCGCUGCCUCACGCCCACCCGCUCCUUCUACCCCAGCCCCGGGCCCUGGCCCAAGAGCUUCUCCGACCGGCAGCAGAUGAAGGACAUCCGCUCGGAGGCCGAGCGCCUGGGCAAGACCAUCGACCGGCUCAUCGCCGACACGAGCACCAUCAUCACCGAGGCGCGCAUCUAUGUUGCCAACGGGGACCUGUUCGGACUCAUGGACGAAGAAGACGAUGGCAGCCGCAUCCGCGAGCACGAGCUGCUCUACCGCAUCAACGCGCAGAUGAAGGCCUUCCGCAAGGAGCUGCAGACCUUCAUCGACCGCCUGGAGGUGCCCAAGUCCGCCGAGGAGCGCGGCGCGGAGGAGCCCAUAUCCGUGAGUCAGAUGUUCCAGCCUAUCAUUUUACUUAUUCUCAUUCUUGUAUUAUUUUCAUCACUUUCUUACACAACGAUAUUUAAGCUUGUCUUCCUUUUUACACUGUUUUUUGUACUGUAA